AUGGCCAUCUUACAAUACCGCGAGCGACUGAACCCGGAAAAAGUCAACGGAGCGCUCAGUGGACUGCUGCAGAAGCGCUUAGUCCUCACGGGAAUGGACACGACGCCGUCUCCAGCGAUCACUUGCGAUAUGCGAGUCAAUCAGGAUGCUCAGCGAGGGAAAGUGAUUGAGUUCAUCACUACAACGCCCAUGUCCUGCUCAGUAAGAGACGCAAAUGAGAUACUGUGGAAGGAGCUUACGAUGUGCCGCGACCACCCGAACAAGGUUUACAAAUACAUGAAAGGCGCCAAGCCCAACUCACACGAGAUGAACUUUGUCAUGAGUGCACGAAGUCCCUUUGGGAUGCUGGAGCUGAACGGGCUCCAGUACAUGGAGAAGUUUGAGGAGACAGGUCGGCCGGUCUUCGUCGUCGCCGAGCGCACGAAACUUGCGUCCAAGAACUUUGCGUUUCGUGACGACUGCUGGAUGACCGUCACGCCGUCCAGCGUCAAACCAAACGCGUCAGUCGUGGAGAUUCAUCUGCAGCUCUACAUGGAACGCGACGAGGAGCUCCAGCUCAGCCCUGAAGACAUUUCGUACGCGCAGGAUCGCGUCAUGGGUAGUCUGGGCAACGCCUUCCGGAAAUUCUUCCAGGCACAGCAAAACACGCUCAUGGAGAAGGCUGGGCGUGCUGUUCCGCCGUCCUCGACGUCGAAGCUGAGCAUUAUCGUGUAAGGUAGCUGUUAUAGUAAAUCGUGUAAAGCUAGUGAUGGCCAAACAAAGAGAUUGCUGAACUUACGGCACGGAUGAGUGAGCUUACUCUGGUUGUAGGGCAGAUCCUGGCUUCUGGAAGGUCAAUGGGUACUGCAGACCGUUGUGUGAUCAUCGACUGUGCAAUGCAUAAAUUUUAAGGGACG